UGAAGUGAACCCCAUUGAACGUUCCGAAAAUCCUCUGCGCAAAAUGGAGAAGAGAAACAGUGGGAAGAAGAUGAGCGAAGAAGAGUUGUUGAAGACGCUUGAAGACUUCACAGUCAAAGAGAGUUGGGAUAGGUUCUAUACGUUAAGAGGCGUCGAUGAUCCCUAUGAGUGGUACGCCGAAUGGCCCGAACUCCAAGCACCGCUCACACAGCAUCUGUCGUCGCAGUCGGAAGAAGGCUCUUCGCCGGCGGCGAGCAUCUUGGUGCCUGGCUGCGGGAACUCGCGUCUGUCGGAGCAUCUGUACGACGCAGGGUUUCGUAACAUAACGAAUGUGGAUUUCUCGAAAGUGGUUAUUAUGGAUAUGUUGAGGCGGAAUGUGAGAGAGCGGCCGCAGAUGAAGUGGCGCGUUAUGGACAUGAGCAGUAUGCCGCUUGAAAGUGGGAGCUUUGAUGCUGUGAUCGAUAAGGGAGGAUUAGAUGCUUCCAUGGAGCCUAAGCAUGGUCCCAUUUUAGGAUAUAAAUAUCUGUCUGAGGUGAAAAGGGUUUUAAAGACAGGAGGGAAAUAUAUUUGCCUCACAUUGGGAGAACCUCAUAUAUUAGAUAUACUUUUUCCUAAGUUUCGGUUUGGGUGGAAAAUGAGUAUUUACAGCAUUGCUCAGAGAUUGUCAUCUAAAACCCCAAAGCUGCUGACCUUUAUGGUAGUGUCUGAGAAAGAUGUUUCCAAUGCAAUUUCAGAGAUAUCAUCAUGUUUGGAUGAAUGUACUAUUGAAUCUGGUGGUUAUCAGGUGUCUGGACUCUAUGAAGCACUUGAGAGAGAAAAAGUGGUUCGAGCAGAGUACAUUAAUUGCUCUGAUCUAACAUACUCACUCGAAGACCUCUGUCUAGGAGCAAAAGGGGACCUAACAGUGAAGGAACCUGGUCGCAGGAUAAAGCUGGUAUUAGGUGAGCCUGGAUUGUCUCGUUACUACUACAAAGGUCUACUGUUCGAUGCUCUAGAAGAUUUUGGACCUUUCAAGCAUCAAUUUGGUGUAUACAUUGUUCCAAAAUCGAGAGUGCAUGAGUGGCUCUUCACAACGGAUGAAGGACGGUGGUUUAAUGUUGCAACCUUACAAGCUUCUCGUUUACUAAUGAUUUUACUGGAUUCCGGAAACUCUAAUACUUGCACGGAGGAUAUACAGAAUGAUCUCUCUCCACUAGUUAAGAAUUUGCUGCCAAUGGAUUGUGACGAUGCGCUUCCAAUUACGUUUAUGUAUGCAGAUGAUACGCUCAAGCAGAGUGACAUUUUGUAUCAGGUUGGGUCUCUGCUCACUGGUCCGAUUGUUGUAGAAGAUGUGGCUUAUCAUACCAUGGACGACGUGAUGUAUGAUGACACAAAUGAUGUGAUCUAUUAUGUGGAUGGUGCUGCCUCUAAAAGUUGUUUAUACCGUCGCCUUGUUUUUUCGAGAGCUGAGACUUUGGUGCAGUCUGAAGCUCUUUUAUCAACUGAAGGCCUAGAUAUCUAUGCUGGAUCAUGUGGUCAGAAAAAAGUAGAUCACGACUAUUUGACAAGCUCAUACCACAGUGGAAUAAUUUCUGGAUUAAUGUUUUUUUCCCUACUCAGAGACAUACAAGGGUCUACCUCAGAGGAGGGGAAAGUCAAAACAGUAGUUAUCGGUCUAGGAGCUGGAUUGCUUCCCAUGUUUAUGAGGAAGUGGCUAACUACUCUAUUUAUCAAGGCAAUUGAAUUGGAUCCUGCGGUUUAUGAUAUAGCUAGAGAAUAUUUUGGUUUUAUAGAAGAUGACCAUUUGAAGGUGCGUGUUAUGGAUGGAAUUAAGUAUGUCCAUGAUAAAGGAACUGCAGCAGCAGAUGGAAAGGGUUCUUGCAUCAACGUACUCAUAAUUGAUGUUAACACAACGGAUAUAAGCUCUGGUUUAACCUCUCCUGCAACAGACUUUGUUGAGGAAUCUUUUCUUAUAUCAGUAAAAAAAUCACUAGCUGAGCGAGGCUUAUUCAUCAUUAAUCUGAUCUCAAGGGCCUCUUCUCUAAAGACUGCAAUAUAUUUGAGAUUGAAAACAGUUUUUGGCAACCUCUUUUCCCUUGAGAUUGAAGAAGGCGUGAAUGAAAUACUCUUUGCCAUGAAGACUGACUCUUCCAUCAAUGGUGACAAUCUUUCUGAAGCUCGCAAAGCUCUCGAAACAUCACUAGAACAGCAAGAGAAGGAAUGGGCAAAGAAAGUUCUGGAGUCCACAAAGCUCAUUAAGUCAGUCUGAAAGCAAAGGCACGCGCUGGGGAGCGAGUGGUGCUCAGACUCAGCGGUGAAUAGGCGUAUCGAUAAAGAGCCAGCGGCAACAGUCACUGAGGGGA